AUGACCCCCUCGCAGCAGCAGCAGCACGAGGACCCUGAUGUUUCUCCUCCUUCCUCAAGUUCUGAAACUCAAGAAAGUGAAAACUUGCCACCAGCUUCUAUAUCUUGGGCAGCACGGGUAUCCAGGGCGUCAGAAGUAUCGUCUCUUUCAAAGCCUCUUUUGGGGCCCCCCGCCGGGGCGCCAAAAGGGCCCCCAAAGGGGCCGUCUGCGGAGGAUGCGGGCAGAGGGAAGCCCCCGCCGCAGCAACCGUCAGUUGAUGCUGAAGCGAAGAAGACUGCAAUUCCAUCCUUACCAGCGUUCGCUCUUGCGUCGAAGGAGCGUCCGGUGGUAGUUUUAGAUGCAGGAGCGCUAAUGCGAGUAGACGCCUUAGACAGGUACCGGGGAAAAUGCACCUUCGUUACAACAACAGCAGCAGCACAAGAAGUUAGGGAUGCCAUGGCGCGCCAGCGGAUUGAAUCGCGAUUUUUGGAGGUGCAUUCGCUUGAACCCUCAGCGGCCGACAGGAGUUGGGCAGAGAGGUUUGCAGAUAUGACAGGAGACCUUCCCUUUCUCUCUCAGACAGAUUUAGGACUCGUUGCACUCACAUACAUGCUGCAAAGAGCUACAGGACAGACACAACGCCUCAAUGCAAAGCCCCCAGCCUUCGAGUUCUUCAGCGAAACCGAGCUUAUGCAGAAACUUGAAGACGGUGGGGCUGGAAAGCACAUGUGGACACUGCAGUACAAUAGUGCUGCUUCUAAAAUAGCAAAGGAUGCAAAAGGGGAAGAACUGAAACCAACAGAUCAGCCAGAAGAGGAACAAGAAAGCGAGUCUGCACAGACAGACGAUGAUGAUGAUGAUAUGGAUGCGGAAGAGGGAUGGGUAACCGAGGAGGUGCUGAGGGAGCACUUGGGUCUUGCUGCUCCAGACGAAAGCUCUUGCGAUCAUGCUAAUGCAAUAGAAAAUGAAUCAAAUAACCCCAAAGAGGCAAAUACUCAGGAAUUAGACAAUACGCUUGCUAAUGCGUUCAGCGGCUUGGAGCUGCGCGCAGACAAGCAAGAAAUAGAAGACCUCGUUUCGUGCAUGACCACAGAUUUCUCAAUGCAAAACGUUUUGCUGCAAAUGGGACUCAAUGUCCUCGCGGUAGACGGCAGAAGAAUACGCACUGUAAAGAUCUGGGCGCUUCUCUGCCGGGCCUGUGGGCAUAUUGAACGGAAAACCAGACUCUUGUUUUGCUCUAAGUGUGGCCACUACACUCUCGAUAGGACUCCGCUGUAUUUCGAUCAAACUACGGGGAAGAUAUUAAUUUUUGAUGGGCGAAAGAAGAUCUCAAAGAGGGGGCAGGUAUAUUCGAUUCCAAAGGAUAAGGGAGGGAAGCACUCGCGACCCAUUAUACUUGCGGCCGAUCAGCUGUUGAUGGGCGGGUUAGAUCGGGAGAUGAGACACAAGGAGAAGUUAUGGAAAAAGGAUGUGGAGUCUAAAAACCCAUUCUCUCCUGUGAGUCGGUAUUUCAACAUGAAUGCUAUAGCCUAA